UAGCACGUAUAAUUGUCUCCGUCUGACCCGAAAAACGUGGCUUUUGCGGGCGUUUUACUGCUCAAAAGCCUCAGGCGCGUGACGCGGACUCCAAGAACCGUGUCUUGGUCCUUUCCUCGAGGUAGCCUGCAUCGUCCGGCGACACAAACACACACAAAUACGUGUGAGACUUUUCUUUUCUCCGAGCGAGUUGACGAAGACGCAUGCAACACAUAUUUUCCUUUCCCCCGUUGUGAUUCGCAGCCGCCUUGGUGUCUCGGCGUUCUCGAGCCGCGUGAGAACCCUGAGCACAUCAUGUCCACGUUGGAAAAGAGUCGCCUUCUGUAGAAGGUCCUGUAACUUUCUACCCCCAUCACGCCGAAAGGAUUUGACGACUUCUCUGGGACUACUUCGGUGACUGGGUUGCCUAGACCCUCCCUUCAGCGUGGUCCAGGCGUGAGAGCAUACAGUGCAGCGCAGUGUUCUCUUGUUCUUAGAGUUUGUUUUUCGCGCUUCCCCUUCGGUCUUUUCUGAGUCAGUGCCUGAUUUGUCAGCUACACAAAGAGCCUCGCAAACGUGAAAAAAACAGAAGCUCUCCACGACACAGCGAAGACCAUCUCGGCUUGCAGCGACCUUUCUGCGCCACAGAGGGGACCUGACAGAAAGGACUUGGGUACACAGAGAGCGGUGGCCUGGCGACGUCUCUUUCUCCGGGGACCCUAUGACGACUUCCGUAGGGCGUCUGUUUCCUCUGCCUCUCGCGACGCUCGCUGUUCCUUCUCUGUUGCAUCUCUUGACCACGACUGCUGAGUGUCGCUCCCAGGCCUCGUCCGAGUCCUCCGCUCUUCCUCCUCUCGCGUCUGCCUCCCUUCCCCAGGCGGCUGCUUCUGCAACUGUGGUCCUUUCUUCUCUCCGCCGCUCCCCGGUCUGCGCCUCUUCACAACAUGAAGAUCCACGUCCGACUUCGCGGUCUCUCGACGGCUCCACGCCCUCCCGCGAGACGACUGCUGCGGCCGCGAGCGUCUCGUCUCCUCUGCGCCGCAGAGAGAAGCGAGGCGCUUGGCCAGGGGACUGGACUUUCCCCGUUCCGCUGCACUCUGCUUCCUUCCGAUCGUCCGUCUUUGCCGUCGCGAAGUCUCCGUCGCGCGGACCCUUGUCCGAGGGUGGCAGACGCCGCGAGAACCAACUCGGAACCCCGAGCGAAAAAGAGAAGGAGAGAAAAAGGCGCGGCAUCCACGCAGCUCAUCUGGAGACGCUGGUCGACGGGAGUUCCGGAAGGCUGAGUCAGCCGGAGGACCGUUCCGCUGUCGACAUGCCGACUACCAGGAACGUGGAGGAGACAAGAACGUCUUCUUCGUCUCCUCCAACUGCUCCCUCGUUGUCAUGCUGUUCUUCUUCCCGGACCUUUCCUCUCUCGCCAUCCUUGACGUCCCUCCCCAGGCUCUCUCGAGUCACCCGUCGUCUUCGCCGUACAGAGCCUUCGCGCCUCUCUCUCCCUCCUGCGGCCUGUGCAGCCUCUUCCUCUGCUUCUGUCUCGUCUUCUCCAGUCGCGUCUUCUCCAGUCGCGUCUUCUGCAGUUGCGAGGAUUUCUGAAUUGACUUUCUUCAUUCCUCCUGCUGGGCAGCUGUUGCAGCGGCUGUGGAGGGAAACGGAGAGAAGAAGCGCUCGCGCGGAGAGACGCGCCCACCUGCGAGAAGGCGCUUUGGGGAGACACUUUCAUGCACCGGACGACGGCGCUGCUCUCCUUCUCUGCACUCUGUUGGCUACGGGAACUCGCGCUUGGCAGGACGCGACGCUGUCCACCUGUCCUUCGAUCUCCUCCCUAGACUGGGUAUUCAGUCGCCUCCUCGACAACUUGCCCGCGCGGUCAGAGGCGGAGGAGACGCCUCGUCGGAAGUUCUUUUCUUUCUUCUCCUCUCCUCCCGCUUCUCCCCAGACCGCGGCGGAGGGACUCCCGCGAGCCACCGUCGCUGGCGCUCUUCAGUACCUCUCUUACCUUCUGCUCAAACCUCUGGAAUCGACUCUUCUGGACCCUGCCUUUGUGCCUUCUCCCUUCGCGCCUGGCCGACUGAACGCGCCCUGCCCCUGUGCAGGCGCCUCUCUGUUUCUGCCCGCGUCGCACUCUCUCCCCGACGGAGAUGCCUGCACGGAGGGAGACAGAGAAGCGGCGCUGUGGGGAGAAGCCGAGAGCCUCGCUGUGCGCCAGUUGUUUUCCAGGUGGCUGCAUGCGCUCGCUCGCGAUGAAGUGACGCUUGCGGAGAAGCGGGAAAGCGCCCAGUUUGCUCUGUUGCACACGGAACCGGAGGAGAUGCCUUUUCUUUCGUUUCACCUCGAAGAACGCGAAGAAGAAGAUGUAGACUUCCACAUUCUCGCCUCUUGGCUCCAACACCUCUCGCCUCUGGACUCGCCGCCUUCUCUUCCGACCGCCGGCCCUGCGUCGUCUUUCGCCGCCGACGCGGAACUUGAAAACCCCACACUUCAACGAUCUGCCGUCUCCGAACUGCGCCAGCUGCUCGCGCUCGCGUUCAUUCGCUUCGUGCUCGGAGCUUCGCCGCCUGCGGCCUCAGCGCCUUCGGCUUCUACUCGGGUCGGUCCCGGAGCGGCAGGCAGCGACGAGGGCGCGCGAGACAAGGAAAGGCGGCGGCAGGGCCUCGAGGAGACAGCGGACAAACUUGCCCUUCUGCUGCUGUGCCAGACGCCGACUGUGCCCGCGUGGACUGUUCCCGCGCAGCGCCUGUGGCUCGACUCUCUUCGUCUUCUCGCGUCUCAAAAGCGGCUGCGCUCCUGUCUCGGCAGCGGGAGUGCGGCGGACGCUCGCUUGCUUCUUUCGCAGCCUUGUUCCUUCCUCGCAUCUUCGCCGUCGUCGCCGCUGACUCGUCUCUCCAGCUCUGCCCCCCUCACGUUCACGGAGGCUCUGAGCGGGAAGCUGCAGACACCUGAACACAGAAGCAGGCCUGCGCCUCGGCCUUGCGCUUCCGCGGGUGCUCUCUCGCUCGCAGACGCCCUUCUCCUCACACUUCAGGCGCUCCUCGUCUCCUCGCCACUGACUGCGGCCAGCAGUCUCACUGCGUUCCUCAAGACUUUGCAGGAGAUCGUAAGAGACGCGUUCGAGGCGGAUGCGUGCUUCGAGAAGAAGCGCAGACCGCCCUCAUGGGUCUCCACGUCCCUGUCUCUGGGCUUUGUCUCCGGACUCCUGGGAACGAAGAAAUCCGCAGAAAACCGAGACGAAGCCCGUGACGGACUGCCCUCUGCCUCAGAGCACCUCUCGCCUCUGUCUGUCCCUCUGCUCCCUGCAGCCUUUCUCUACUUCGCUGGCACUGUGCUCGACUCGCUCGCUGCGUCUGUGGUGUCGCCACAGCCAGAGGAAGAAGAGCAGCGCAGAGAAGAAGGAGAAGGCGAGAAGAGAACGACAGACGAGACGAACACGGCGAACGGCAGACUGCAUGCGCUUCUUCUCGCGCUUCGCCUCCCGGGAUUCACUGCGCACACCGAAGAAGAGAAAACGCCUGAAUCGCGUGACGAGGGAGCGAAGGAGGAAUUGCCACCUUGGGUCUACGGCACGAAGGGGUCCUCUGCAUGUGCUCUCUUUCCAUUUUUACUCGCUGAGAAACUGAGGAAAGAGCGGGAGAGUGAAGAGCUGCUGGACAGCACACAAUCUAGAGCCGACGGGAAGGAAGACGAGCCGAGAAAGGGCGAGUCGACGUUCUCCGAGACCCUGUCGACAUCGCCUGCUCCUUCGCUCUUCUCGAAGAAUCUCUUGUUCCUCUUCGCCGCCUUCCUCUGCGCGGUUGUAGAGAGCGCGCCGUACCUCACCAGCACACUUCACUCUCGUCUCCUCGAUUCCACCAGUUCCUCCCUGUCGAGCGACCACGAAGCUGUUGCGCAUCCUGCGUUACCCUCCCCGUUCAGGUCGUCUUUCUCUCCUUCCUCUGCUUCUCCUUCUUCCUCUGCUUCUUCCUCUGCUUCUGCAUCUGGUUCUGCUUCUUUCUCAGCUUCUUCUGUCGCGUCAGCGUCCCUAGGGGCGUCUGCGUCGCUGCCUUUCUCGGGCACCGGACGAGGGCCGUGGGAAAGCGCAGUGGCUUCUUCGUUGGCGUGCGACUCUCUCGAGUCUCUGCCCUUUCUGCUUGCCGGCGGUCGGGGCGAGGCCCCGCGAGACGCAGACGUAGGACGCGCGCUGGUGCGCUUUGCCCUGCGCGUCGGAGACCUCAGGCAGUUCGAAGUUCUUGCGAAGGCGGCGAAGCCCGAGCGCCAAGACGCGCGUUCGCAGGAGAGCGACGGAGAAGAAGAAGAAGACUGGACAGCAUCCCUUCGCCACGCCCUCCGUGUUUGGAUGGCCCAGCAAAGCGUAGCGUCGCGUCACUUCACAGCGUGGGCGGAAGAAAUGCUUGCGAGCGCUCUCCAAGGCAUGCAGUUGCUUCUCCUCGAAGACCUCAUCGAGUGGCCUGCCCGUCAAGCCGCAGAUGCUUUUUUCGACUGGGAUCCCGAUUCGAUUCUUGCUCAGACUCUCGCUCUGCUCGACACGUCGCCUCCUCCUCCGUCGUCUUUCCUAUCUCUCACUCAAGUCCCGAAUCAGCGAAUUCCUCCUUCUUCUCUUUCUUCUUCUCCUUCUUCUUCUUCUUCUCCUUCUUCUUCUUCUUCUCCUUCUUCUUCUUCUUCUUCUUUUGCUUCCAGAGACGCCCGCGAGCGACGAGAAGGGGGAGGUCCCUCUGUGCCGCAGAGACUCGAAGGAACGCAGGGCGAGGUUGCUGGAAGGCUCUUUUCGUCUUUGGCGGUCCACCCUGGAAGAAGAGUGGAGGCAGAAGUCGAGGCCAAGCCUGCGACCCCAGGGCCAUCUCUGUCUGAGUUUCUCAUCUCCGACUCAGAUCGCUCUGGCGCUCGAGAGGAGCUGCAAGAUCGGGAUGACCAGCCUUGCCCUGUCGCGAGGAAGCGGCAAGACGUACAGCGAGGCGAGACAGGCCGCGAGGCCAGUCCGAGCGCAGACGCCUUUCUUGGAGGCAACUUGUGGGGUGCAUGCAGAGGCGAGAAGAAGACGGAGGGGGACGAGGGGCGAGAGGAGACAGCGAGGGCAGGGACAGGGCGCGACGCACAUAUUGGAGAGGAAGACACGGAAAAGAAGGGAGCGAAACACUGGUCGCCGCGAAGGCGAGAGGGAGAAGAGCCUGCAGACAGCAAGGAGAACGAACCAACGACAAGGAAAGAGCUCCGGACUUCGGGACCCAAUGCUUCGUCUCUCGGGAUUUGCCUGGAGACAGUGCAGACUUCUCCACUUCAAGUCCGCGACCGAGAGAUACUCUUUUCUCAGAUUCUGCGUGACGAGGAUCGAGCGGCCGCUCUCCGCCAACUCGCCCUGCUCUCUUGCUGUCCUGUCUCGUUUCCUCACCGACAUCUUUGGCAAGCAGGCGCCUUCGACGUCCUUCUGCUCCUCGCGGGGAAGACUCUCGACCUGCUGCUUCGCGACUCGCAUGCACUGGAAGCGUACAAAGCUCCCUCAACCGGAACAGCCACCACCGGCGAAAGAGAAGAACGAGAACGAGGAGAGCGAAGGCGCGACGCGGAAAAGACAGCUGUGCGGGGAUCGAGGAAGAGACACGAUGAACGAGAGAGACAGAGUGAACGAGAGCGACAACUCGAAGGAGAGCGACAACUCGAAGGAGAGCGACAACUCGAAGGAGAGCGACAACUCGAAGGAGAGAGACAGAACGGAGAGGGACCUACGCAUGUGGGGAGCAGAGGCGGUCGCGUCAGCGAGGCGGCGUGGAAGUCACCCGAGUCUCUCUUGUCUGCCCCGCGCCUGUCUUCUUUUUUGAAUUCGCCCCUUUCCUCUUCUCCAGAUGUUUCUCCCCGCUCGUCCGACCCUGUCUCCUCGUGGUCGGUUUGUGCGGCCGCCGAAAAGAAGAGAGAAGAGACUCGAGAGGCGCGAGUCGGCGAGGACUCGCAUGCAGAGGCUACAGAGAAGAGACACAUGUUCCCAGGCGUUUCUUCCGCUUGGUGGCUGCCAGCAAGGUGGCGGCCUCUUUCCAGGGAGGACGAGGGACUGCUAGCCGCCGGGGCGACAUCAAAGGAGACACUUGCGCGACAGGAAGAUGCAGAGGAGCUCGCGCGUUCUCGGAAGGAAGACGAAGACCAGAAGAGAGCGGAGAAAGAGUUCCUCGCCAGGGUCGCGAAGACACGGACAGAGCGGCUGGAGCUGUGGCGAGAGCUCCAGUGGAUGGUUCGCACCGUGGCGAACAGUGCUGCAGCCACCGACUCGGCCCUCGUCGCGUCGGCGCGAACGCAGACGGCAUGGGAGCAACUUCUGCUGCAAAUCGUCCACGAGGUGUACGUACACCCGGCGCUGCUGUCUCCCGUCUUCUCCACGCUGCGCCACCAGCUUCCCGCUGCCUCUCUGCGUUUGUCGGCCCCCGCGCUCGUCUACUUCGAGGCGGUCAGAGCUCUCCACAACCUACAGACUCCUCCGCCCGCGUCGGCUUCUCCUCCGUCUCGUCGAGUUUUCCUCGGCUGUGUCUAUCCGUUUUCUCUCCCCAAAGAUUAUCACACUGUGCUCGAUCCGCUUCUGCUCCUGCCGCCACCCCACAGUCCGGUCGCGCCUCCGCUGGCUUCCUCUGCUGGGGUCCACGAGCGCCCUGGUCACGAGGCUCGGCAGGAGUUCUCGCCAGGCUUUGGAGAGGAGAUUCUUCAACCGCACCCGCCGACUUCCUACCUUUCCCGCAGACAGCUGCGACGUCUUCUCGCCGCUCUCCACUUGGGCCAGAAGUCCGGAGAACGCGCCAAUGUCUCGCUCUCCGAGGCGCUCUCUGUCGCUCCACGCCUCGCGUCGCCUCCGUCCUGGACGCACACAUCAGAGACGGCAGCGCCCACAGAGAGAGAACGAGACAUACGCGACGAGGCGAGGGAAAGAGACACUUUCGAGAGGGCGAAGAAGUUCGGAAGGCAGAGCAGCGCUUGCCAGUGUCCUCCGGACUGCCCAAGUUGCUUUUAUUUUUGUGCGACGCAUCAUCUCGAUUCGCGAGAGGUCCGCGCGACAGAGAGAAGCGAUCUCGGAUCGAGACAGAAACCGCAGAGAGGCGAGGUGGAGCAUCCGAGCGCCGAAGAGGAAAAAGAGCUCGAAAGGAGGAACCUUGACGAGCGUCGAGUGGGAAAGAGAGAAGGAGACAUGCGAGCUGCAGUCUCAACUCGCAUCAACAGAGAGACUGAAGUCCCUGGGCUCCUGAAUCAGACUCCAGCUGUGAGGUACGGCCAGUCGAGCGGAGACCAGGAGACAGAUCGAGAGACAGAGAACAAGGCGCCCUUUGUUGUCUUUCUUCACGGAUUAAGAGGGAGUGCAUGGAGAACGUGGAGGUGCAGCAAAUGCUACGACGAAGUACUUCUCGAUGAAGAGAAGCACCCGACACAGACACCGGAAGCAGAAGCGGUACAGAAGGCUUCUCGGGAGGUCGAGGGUCCCCCGGCGCAUGCCAGGCGGCGCGCAGCUCCCAGGUCCACAGGUGGAGAGGAAGAGACGAACAGAGAAGGAGUUCUGAAGAAAGGUGGAGAACCCAGCGCGCGUGAGGAAUCGCGCGAAGAGAAGCGACAAGCUUCAGCGCCUCGUGCGACCUGCACAUGUACACUGCGAGACGCGAACUUCCGAGGAGGCAAAACUCCUGAGGAAAAGGAAAUCCAAUCUUUCAAUUCCUACUUCUACCUGUGGCCUCGCCAGUUGUUCGCCAGACACUUCCCGGAGUGCACAAUUCUCGCGAUCGACUACCCAGCGCCUCUGUUUCGGGAGCAGCCGCCCUUCUACCGCCACCCUGCAGAUCGAGAAGAAAGCGAAGAGAGUCUCGACGAAGAUCCGAGAGUGUGGACCGGCGUCUCGGUUAACAAACACGAAGAAUCUGGAAAUAUAACCGGUCAGCUCGAGGAAGAGCACCGUGCUGCCGGUAAUCCAGGUUUUACACCUGCUCUCGACACGCGCCUGCCGCCUUCCUCUGCUCUCUCUUUUUCAGCUCCUUCGUUUUUCUCUGAUCCCUCGUCGCCGCUGUCGUUGGCGUUUCUGCGUUGGCCGAGAAAGCGAGAAGAAUCCCGAAGAAUCGCAGAAAAAGAAGAUGCCUGGACUCCUGACUCUCCACGUCGAACACAGAUGGACACACCCGCUUCAAAACAGGCUCUCUCUCCGUCCACGGCUUCUUCCUCCUCUUCGUCUGAUUCUUCUUCCUCUUCUUCGUCUGAUUCUGCUUCUCCGUCGUCCGCCGGUUCUCCUGUCUCUUCUUCGUCUGAUUCUCCUUCCUCUUCUUCGUCUGAUUCUUCUUCCUCUUCUUCGUCUGAUUCUGCUCCUCCGUCUUCCGCCGGUUCUCCUUCCUGUCGAGUUUUUCGUUCUAGGAGCAGCAGCUUCUUGGAGGGUGCCAGCUCGUCCGAAGGCGUAACCCUGAAGCAGUUGGGACGGUGUGUUCAAGAGCAGUUGAAGGCAGCGGGAGUAGGGGAGGAAGAGAGGCCAAUUGUUUUCGUGGCGCAUUCGAUGGGAGGGCUCCUUGCACAAUUCCUCAUUCUCCACGACGAGGGCAUCCGAAAAAAUACAAAAGCAAUUCUCUUCUUCGCUACUCCCCUAGAAGGCUCGCCCCUCGCUGAGGGCGACUGGGUUCGGGUGUUGCAAGGUUUCUUUCCGCGCUAUGUUCUUCAGCUGAGCCCAGGAGACAGUUAUCGCCAGGCCCUCUCCAGAGCCUUUCAGGCAUUGCUCCACUCACCAAACGGAGAACACAUUCGCGUCGCAGCCUUGGGCGAAGUGCAGACUACGAAACUUCCCUACAUCGGAGGGAGCACACUGAUUGUGCCCGCAUGGUCGUCGAUGCCCAGCUGGCUGCCGGCGUCGCCAAGAAUUCUGGUCGAUGUCGACCACACGCAAGUCUGCAAACCUGCGUCGGCUGCCGACGUGCGUUUUCGCGUUUUGGCAGACUUGUUGAGCGAAUUGACAGACAAGGAGGAGACGGGGAGAAAGCGGCGAGUGACCACGAGAAAGGAGGGAACGCAGAGAAGAGCCGACGCUGCAGAAAGAGAGGCAGAGCAGCACAGUUGGAAGGAAGCUAAGGACACAGAGCGACAGUGAAACCGGGUGAAAACAAGAGAACGAGGUGACAAAUAUCGGGGAGCAAGGAAGCCUAAAAAGGGAAUAAGAUAAAGGAAAUUCAGAAAACAGACACGACCUGAACGUCUCGUCUUCUUUGUCGGAAGACAUCGGCGAACGCGUCUAGGGAAGGAGUCCACAUCGCUGGUGGUUUCAACUCUUCGAAAAACAAUGCUGCAAAUGCAGAACAUCGUUCUCCCACAGAGCAUGCAACACUCCGCAGCCGCAAGUGCGCAUAUACAUAUAUAUAUACAUAUAUAUAUAUAUAUAGAUAGAUAGAUAUGGACACAUGUAAAUGCAUGUAUGUACGUAUGUCGCCUUUGUAUGACUAGUGGCUUGUCCCUUUUCACGUCAAGCUGCAUGCACAGGCUUUUUCUCAUACCUCUUGUAUUCUCGCGUUGCGCCUGAAUGAGAAGGGUGUGGGUUCCGAAUCUCUACGUGUACGUCAUUCGCGCACAGACGCAUUGGCAUGAUAGACACGGAUGAUCUACGCGUAAGGCUAUACAUGCUCAUUUUUUAAUCGAAAACGCAGCGGCGGCGUUACUCUUGUUGUGUUUUCUUGUAUCUGUUCCCUUGUCUUCGUGACCUGGUUUCUCGUCUUUGCGUCUAGCCGCCCAACGACCUGCCAGGGUCUUCCAUUCCAAUCGUGCUUGUCGCCAUCCUUUUUUGCGGGGGGUCCAGCCGAACAGACACGGACUUUGUUCUUCCUUGUACCACUCGGUUUCUCGUCGCGUUCGUUUUCUGUGUCUGCUGGUGUUGAUGUUGAUUCUCCCCGCUUCAAUGAGAGAAGCGGUGAAGACAACGUGAGACCCAC